AUGGCACGCAGCGAUCGCGAAGAAAUAAUUGCGGAAGAACAUCAGCAGAUACUGAACAAAGAAGUUGAAGGAUCAUUCGAAGCCAACAAUAGUAACCCUGGUUUGAACCAAUACAUUCAUAAGGUAGUCGUCAUGCUCCGCCAGAAGAAAGAAAACGGAAAAGAAAAAUUCUAUCCUUACUGGCAUGUGGAGGAGCAGCAAUCACUCAAGUUCCAAAAGUUCCAAGUAACUACGGCCAAGGUUGAGCGGUUCUCCAGUUACGUGAAAACAACCUUGCAUAUCACAGACGGGACAGAAGCCGUCCAGAAAGUGACGCAUAUCAAUUUCAUUGCGUGGCCAGAUCACGAUGUGCCCUCAGAUACUACAGAGUUUUUACAAUUUGUGUUGGAAAUGAGGCGAUUUCAAGAAGAGCUUUAUGUGGAGUGA